AUCGAUUUUCAAUUUCAGGAUCGGACGGUGCGCCACUUGCAAAGCGUGACCAGAUUCAUCCUUAUAAUUUCACGCGCUAAUCUAAAACACGAUCUCAUUAAAUCUCCAGAUCAUUUGCUCUUAUGUUGUACUAUUUGUUGAGUUAUCAGAUUCUCUAUUUCAAUAUUUCACGCGCUAAUCCACAACGCGAUCUCUUUAAAGCUCCAGAUCAUCUGCUCUUAUGUUGCACUAUCACUCGAUUUAGAAGAUCUUGCAGGCUUUGAGUAACCACAAAGAUCUUGCUGUGUCGGAGAAAGCACAGAAUUGGAGCGCUUUAUUAUACACUUUCUUUCCCUACCUGGCUUUAAAAAGCUGCAAACCCUUAUUCCAGAAAUUUUUAUUCUGAAAUCCCCUUUCCCUACCGAAGCAAAAUUCAAAGCAUUAGUUUGUUAUUAUCUGGAUAGAUCAUAAUGGGAUUCCCCUGGUUUUUUAACCGGAAAAACGCGCCGAUUGAAUCUCCCCGACGAAAAUCCCAGGGCAUUAACAUUUUCUCAUCCAAAUCUCGGCCGCGAAAAUCUUCGUCGCCAAAGAAAACGUCGGGCCGUAAAGAAGGGCAAAACUCGAGCGGGGAUUGCAUUGUGAGGAUUCCUUGUCAGUUGCCGAGCAGCGAAGAGCUUCAGAAUGUGUUCAAUAAAUUUGACGCCAACGGUGACGGCAAAAUAUCUCCGUCGGAGCUUGGCCACGUCAUGCGGUCGCUGGGGCACGAUGCGACGGAGGAUGAAGUGCAGUUGAUGAUGGCAGAGGCUGACUCAGACGGAGAUGGUUACGUGGACUUGUCCGAGUUUGUUGCGCUCAAUACACGUGGCGUGGACAGCGCUGCGAGCCUGCGGGAUCUUAAAGAGGCCUUCAACAUGUUCGAUAUCGACGGCAAUGGAUCCAUCUCUGCAGAUGAACUCCACAGAGUUUUAAGGAGGUUGGGAGAGACUUCCAGUUUGGAUGAGUGUAAUCACAUGAUUCGAGGCGUGGAUGCUGACGGGGAUGGCCAGGUCAGCUUCGACGAAUUCCUUACAAUGAUGUCAAGUCCCGUUGCAGUGCAAGAUGGUUAACUCCGAUCUGCGUUUGUUGACAGACUAUGAGAAUGUCGGUUGUUUGAAAUUCGCCCAGAGAAAAUAUCAAAAGCGAAUCGCUUUGUUAAGCCAAGAAUUGCAGACAUGGCAUUUGGUUGUAAGCGGCUAAAGAUUCAAUUCUAGAGUGUAUCUGUGUAAGACAAUAUGUUUUACAGUAGUUGUAAGAAGAAAGCUUGUGUAUACUUAAAAUGGAGGUUGAAGAGAGAAAUUUGAAGGUGAAUUUCGAGACAAAAGGUUGUUUUAUAAAUUUUUAUUUAUCAAGGAUGUCAUGUUUGAUUAAAUUUCCA